AUGAGUCUCGUUGACUACGGCUUCUACUCUGACGAGGAGGCAGAAGGAGAUAACUCGGACCCCGCUUCCUUGGCUACGACUUCCCUUACAGCCGAUAACAGUAGCAGCAGCAGCAACAGUAGCAGCAGCAGCAGCAGUACCGGCAGUGGCAGCGCGAGCAGCAGUAGUAGUAGUAACACAACCGCAGCGAUAAACUUUAAUAGCAGUAGCAGCAGCAGCAAUAAGAACUCUCUUUCUGCUGCCGAUCAUCAUCAGCAUCAACAGCAGCAGCAGCAGCAGCAGCUGCCUUCUUCUGCUGCAGAUUCUUCUCCUGCUAAUGCAGAUAAUUCUUUAUCCGAAUCAGAGUUAACAUUUACAUCAAGGAAUUCAACUCCAGCUCCUGCUGCUGCUGCUGCAGCAGCAGCAGCAGCAGGAGGAAGCAGCUCCUCGCGUGCAGCUGACUAUACACUGCAUGCAACAACACCAUGUUCCCCUUCUGGUAGUACCAAGAGAAGGGAUCAAGCAGCUGUAUCUGCUGCAUUAGGUACAUCAGCAGCAGCAGCAGCAGGUGGAUCAGCAGCAGGUGGAGCAACAGCAGCAGGAGGAGCAGCACUUGCUGCUGCUGCUGCUGCUGCACCUGAGCAGCAACAAGAAAGGAGUUACUCUCCUUGUGGUGUAAAUAAAGAGAAAGAAGAGAAUGACAGUGAUCCAUCACAUGAUUCAGAUCAUUUUACUGAUGGAGAGGAAGAGAUGGCCAGCUUUGUGGAGCGGCUUCCUAAGGAUCCUCCUCCUCCAGAGUUACUGGCAACUAUAACUCGUCUCCAACAAUUAAAACGUCGAGGUAUAACUGUUAAUGGAAAUAUAAAUACUUCUCUUGAUUUCAAAAACCCUUAUUUAUUAGAGGUAGGCUUUUCUCUUUAUUAG